GACCCCUCCCCCACCCCAAAAUUCCAUUGCAGGCCCCACGCGGAGCCCCCGGAGCGGGAUGAGAGUGGCGGCCCCCCUCCGCCUCCUGGCCCUGGGGGGCGCGGCCGCCCUGGCCUGGCUGGCGGUGACGUCACUGCUGGGACCCCCCCGCGCCCCUCCCCCCCUGCUGCGGCUGCUGCGCCGUGAGGAGAAUCCCCCCACGGCAGCGCCCCGCCCCCCCCGGUUCAAGUGCGGCCUCCCCCGGCCCUGCCCCCCCCGGCAUUUCGCCUUCCGGGUCCUGAGCGGGGCCGCGAACGUGGUGGGACCGAGAAUCUGCCUGGAGGGGAGAGAGUUGAUGAGCAGCGUCAAGAACAACGUGGGGAGGGGCCUGAACAUCGCCCUGGUGAACGGGGUCAGUGGGGAGCUGAUCGCGGCCCAGGCCUUCGACAUGUGGGCAGGGGACGUGGAGGAGCUGCUGCGGUUCCUGCGGCCGCUGCACGAGGGGACGCUGGUGCUGGUGGCUUCCUACGAUGACCCGGCCACCAAGCUGACCGAGGAGAGCCGCCGGAUUUUCGGGGAGCUCGGCAGCGCCGUGGCCAAAGAUUUGGGGUUCAGGGACAGCUGGGUGUUCGUGGGGGCCAAGGGGGUGCAGGACAGGAGCCCCUUCGAGCAGCACGUCCGGAACAGCCGCAGCUCCAACAAAUACGAGGGGUGGCCGGAGGCGCUGGAGCUGGGGGGGUGCGUCCCACAGAGACCCCCGGGCUGACCCCAAUGGGGGACCCCAAAAGUGACCCCCAAAAUGGGGGGAUCCCACAAACUGCCCGAGGGGAUCCCAGAACCGGAGGGUGACCCCAAAAGUGACCCCAAAAUCGAAGGGGGGUCAAAACUUCGGGGGGACCCCAGAACUGCCCAGGGGGGACCCUAAAAGUGACCCCAAAACCGGGGGGACCCCAAAACCCGGGGGGGGCCCAAAAACUGCCCAGAGGUGAUCCCAAAACCGCGGGGGAACCCCAAAAGUGACCCCAUAACCGGGGGGGACCUCAGAACCGGGAGGGGGACCCCAAAACCCGGGGAGACCCCAAAAGUGACCCCAAAACCGGAAAAGACCCCAAACCCCCGGGGGGGAUGCAAAAAGUGACCCCAGAACCACAGGGAGACCCCAAAAACUUCCCGGGGUGACCCCAAAACCCGGGGGAGAUCCCAAAACUGCCCAGGGCACCCCAAAACCCGGGGACACCCCAAAAGUGACCCCAAAACCCGGGGGGACCCCAAAACCCGGAGGGACCCCAGAACCGCGGGGGGACCCCAAAAUCCCCUGGAGCCCCCCCCGUGUCCCCCCUGCGCCCCCAAAAUGUCCCCAAAUAAAGGCGGGGUUCGGGGUCCCCC